GAAAGGUGCAGAAGGCCGAUAAUAUACCACUGGGAGAUUUUGCUUGUGUUCAGGUCAAUUGCGUCUUUUGCGUCGUGCACCGACUCCUUGUUCAGCUUCUAAUCUAUUUUUGUGGAGUUUACUAGAAGAUACCAGCUUGAUACAACAGACACCAAUGGACGUUGAGGAAGAGGAAUUGCAUUCCUUAUACUUGUGGGUAGACGAAAUCCCCCUUUCUCGCCCGAAGAGAAACAUCGCAAGGGACUUCGCAGACGGAGUUCUAGUUGCUGAGCUUGUGCACCAUUACUUCCCAAGACUGGUGGAGCUUCAUAACUACAGUGGCGCGCAUGGGCUGGCCCAGAAGAUGUAUAACUGGUGCACCCUCAACCAGAAGGUCUUCAAGCGCCUUGGCUUUGUUGUAGCCAAGAGCGAGUGCCAGGCAUGCGCCAGCUGUCAGCCCGGCGCCAUAGAACGAGUUCUGAAGCUGGUCAGAUCGCGACUCUCAAGAUUCGCUGAGGGACCCGGGUGUCUGCUAUUGGACUCUACGGCGCACAGCAAUGGUGCGUGUUCCAUGAGAGCGUCUGUGGAGGACUUUCACGAUGCAGACAUGGGUUCAGCAGCAGAGCAGCACGUAGAUCUUUAUCUGCAGGAUAACAGCAGGGCAGGCGAAGCUCCUGCAGGACCCAUCGAUGACGCCCUGGCUGAAAAGGAAGUCAAGAUCAAGAACUUGACAUCUGCCAAUGAGGUGCUGGAAACAAAGGUCAGGAAGCUGGAGCAGCUGGUGAGCUUGAAAGACAUCAAAAUAAAGACGCUACUUGCAAAGAUGAAUGCUGCUGGACUAUUUUGACCAACCAACGAGCAAAAGGAGAAACAACUUGGUUCAACAAGUCUUUCUUGUUCAUAGCUCGGCACAUGCAAACGGAUUGCAAAGUAUUUACUCAGUGACCAAACUGCACCUUUCCUGUAUAUGUUAGUCCAUGCAUCAUUGCCUACUGUUCGUUUCAAACUGACAGCUUUUUGCAACUGAUUGGUGAGCUGAAUUGAUUUCCAGCAUUAAGAAGCGCUGCAGGCACAUGCGCAUGUGCAUAGUGUUUUGCUUACUUGCAAUUGCUGCAAUAGCGCAACUUGCUUUAUUAAUAUCACGAAAGCAUUUGAUCAACAUCACUUGUAAGAUUUGCAAGUC